AUGGUGUUAACUGCCCAUUUCAUUGAUUCUGAGUGGAAAAUGCACAAGAGGGUUUUGAACUUUUGUGUGAUUUCAAAUCACCAAGGUUCAACAAUAGGGAAGCUCAUUGAAAAUUGUUUACUUGAGUGGGGGAUAGAAAAGGUUUUGGCUAUAACUGUGGAUAAUGCAUCUGCUAAUAAAGUUGCUAUAAAUUGGGUUAGGUCAAAGUUGAAUAGAAGGGCGAAAGCAGAACCUGUUUUGCAAGGGAAGUACCUACAUGUGAGAUGUCUUGCUCAUAUCACAAACUUAAUUGUAGUUAGUGGUUUGAAGAGGCUUUCUAAGUCUAUUUUGGCCAUUAGAAAUGCAGUUAGGUAUGUUAGGUCUUCUCCUCAAAGAUUGGAGUUUUUUAAAACAUGUGUGGAAGCAGAGGGACUCUCCCUCAAUGGUAUGGUUUGCAUGGAUGUCCCCACAAGGUGGAAUUCGACAUUUAUAAUGUUGGAUUCAGCCUUAAAAUAUAAAAAGGCUUUUGUAAGAAUGGGGGAGGAUGAGGACAGCCCUUUCUUGGCUUACUUCAAGGAACCAGAACAUGAAGUUGAUGAGGAUGGUGUGAUUGUGAGCAAUACUAAGCAUAUUAGGGCUGGACCACCAAGUGAAGAUGAUUGGGAGAAUGCUACUGUUUUUGUGAAGUUCUUGAGGGUUUUUUAUGAGGUCACACUGAAGGUGAGUGCAUCUUUGCACCCCACUGUCAACAAAGCUUUUCAUUCUAUUUUAGCAAUAGAAAAAGAGAUUGAUAAAUUGUUUGUGUUACCUGAGAUGGCCACUGGUUCAGAAGCAGAAAAAGUGUUGAUUGAUAUGGCAAGCAAAAUGAGAGAAAAAUAUAACAAGUACUUUGUCAAAUUUGAAGAUAUGAAUGUGCUGUUGGUUGUUGCUAUUGUUUUGGACCCUAGAUUCAAGCUUAGGCAUGUGACACAUCUGUUUAAGAAGGAGAAGUUUGAUGAUGCAGAAGUGGAAAAAAAAACCACAACGAUAAAGGAGGUGUUGAUGUCUAUGUAUGAAGAAUAUGCACCUAGAUUGGAUGGUGGAAUUCACAUGAGAGGUGGAAAUGUGAAUUCUGCUGCACAGACAGUGAAUGCAAGUGGUGGAAGAGAGUGA